AUGUCAAGGAUCGAUGGGUAUUCGUUGCAUGUACUGGGGUCAAAGGGUGUCGAGAGUGGUACCGGAUUCAACGCAUGGGUGGUUUGUCAGUUUGCCAAGGAUCCGUCUGUAGAACAUUUGCUGGCUAUCGGUGAUGAAAAUGGCUUUAUUCACUUCUUGGAUGCUCGAGAAGAUGUUAUAACAAAUUCAAUUUCUGCUGAUCGAAGUUGCGUAAUCGAUGUGUCAUUUGUUGCAAAUCGGCCGAACAAUUUAAUUUCAAUAUCUGGUCAUGCAAAGGUAACAUCAUGGGAUAUUGAGCGACAACUUGCGUUGCAGCAAUUUUUAGGUCAUGAAGGUUCCGUCCGCGCUCUUUCUGUAUCAGACGAUAAUCCUGAUCUUUUUGCAACAGGAGCUCGAGAUGGAACAAUUUGCAUAUGGGAUCAGCGAGAACCACAAGCUGCUGUUGUACGUCCUUUCAGUCUUCUCGAAAACACACAUCCUUUACUAGCCUCUAAACGUCAAAGUAUUGGGACAAAACGAAGAUCGCGUAUGUCAGUUUCGAUGAGUUCAAAAGGAAUCACUUCCUUAGUACAUUAUGGUGGAAAUACCCUAAUAUCUGCAUCUUCAUCUUUCAAAACAGGUAUUCGCUUUUGGGAUCUCCGUUAUCGUGGCAAAAAUAGUCCAUUUCGUAUCCUUGAAGAUCCAAAUAGUUCUUCAACUCGUGAUUUUGGUAUUGCUUCGAUAUGCCUUGAUCGCUUUAGCUCAUCACUUUUUGUUGCAUCCACAGACUUGAAAAUUUAUCAGUACAGCAUACAGGGAUUGAAUGACACACCAGUUGGAAUUUUACAAGGAGUGAAGCGAACGUCUUUCAAUACGUAUGAUUUUAGAAUUGCUGCAUCUCCAACUUCUGAUCAUGUAAUGUUUGGAGGUGGUGAUUGCUUCGCUGUUAUUUGGGAUUUACAGGAAAAAUAUUCCAAUUCUAACAAAGGCAAAUUGAAGCAUUUGCCUUAUCCGAAAUAUACUUUAGGUGGUCAUCGCUAUGAGGUUACUGUUGCAAGAUUCAGCAACUGUGGACAUUAUAUUGCUACGAUGGAUGAUUCGUAUUUGAAAAUUUGGAAAUGGAUUACGAAAAGCCCUGGAAAUCAAGACUUAUGUUCAAUUACAAUACAGGACCGUGUCGAGUUAUAUGAAUUACCUGAAACAGCUAUGGCUGAAAUGUCAAUGAAACAGUUGAAUGUGUCAGUUUCAGUUCCAAAGAAAAACACAGAACGUAGUCCCUUCAAGAGUCCAUUUAAAAGUCCGCUAAACCGGGUUGGUAUGGAAACGAAAAGUGGAAGUGGAUCACCUGUGAAAAAAAUGUUCAAAGCCACUGAAUCGAUGUCUCCACCACUAUGUGAUCUAACUAACAAAUCAAGCCAUGCUGCACGAAAACUUGAUUUUUCUGGAAUCGAAAUGAAAAAUCGAGUUCCAUGUGCUUUCUACUUUAAGUAUCCAACAAUGAAUUUGCCAGAUUUUGUCAAAGAAAAACUUGCAAUGUCGAACAUGAAUCCAGAGUUACAAGCGAAUAUAUUAAAUAAAGGAAGAAGUCCAGAACUGGAUGAAUAUUCAUCCAAUUCCGAUCGGCCAUCUAACUGUUCAUAUAUGAUUUCGCUGAAAGAACGUUUCGACCGUACAUCUCCUCGUAAAAUUCGCGUUAAACAAAGUUUACAUAAAUCACGUGAUCGUGUUCAUCGGCAGUCAACACCAAAAAUGGCAGCGAAAUCUCGCACUGAUUUACAAAACUCAAGACAUUUGCAGUCUCAAAAUUCUUCAACUGAUAUUCGUCAGUCAACACCAAAACCAAGAAAAAAGAGUGGGACACAGCUAACGCUCGAUCAGUAUUUCAGCAAAACACCACGAACUUAUUAA